CCCGUGCAUAGCACGGGCGAUAAACUAGUAAUACUGAAAAAGAAACCUCCGUGCCGUAAGGCAGCCAUUGAAGCUCCGGUCAUCCUUGAUACCGUGGCUAACAUUUUUAUACGGCCUCUACUCCAUUUCCAUUGCCGUGCAAACCACUGCUCGGCCAUCAUUAUCUCUAACUCACUGGUAUCUCCGUAAAAUUUCGUUGUCAAAAUCUGUGAUCUCGGGGCUGAGUUGAAUGUACUUUGCCAUAGGUAACUGUAAGCUUACUUACGUGCUCAUCCCCCUGUAAUACUUAAUAGCUAUUGAGACAGAGAGAUUGAGAAUGAGGAUGAAAGGGAGUUUGACUAAUAUCUUCAGACGAAGAUAUCGUGCAGCUCUUCAAGAUUUAGAAAGAUCAACAGAAGUUUUAAAGUCCGAACACAAACACCAGCACACUAAGAUUCCUCAUUAUCUGAACAUAAAAGAACUUGGUUUACUGGGAAAUUCAGUUUACAAAGGACCUUUUUACAGAAGCAUCACAACUCUCACGGCAUCACUACAAAAUUACCAGACCAUCUCACCUAAUAAUAGUUCGCUUUCGUGUGGUACCUUUGACAAACCAUGGUCCGCUUCCCAACACCGUGGAGUUAAAGUUUUAGGCACUGAUGUCAGAAGCGGGAAUGUCAUCCAAAGGAAAGGACGUAUUUAUCAGGUUCUUAAAGCACAACACACACAGCAGGGAAGAGGAGGAGCAAUAAUACAGGUGGAAUUACGUGAUGUUGACAGUGGAAACAAAGUGACCGAAAGAUUUCGCACCGAUGAGGCUAUGGAAAGAGUUUUUGUCGAAGAGAAAUCUUUCACCUAUUUGUACACCAUAGGCGAGUCAGUAACACUAAUGGAGCCUGAAACAUAUGAACAAAUGGAGGUAACGAAGGACUUGUUUGGCAAGGCUUCUGCAUACCUAAAAGAGGAUAUGAAAGUCAGCUUGCAAUUAUAUGAUGGUAAAGUGAUGUCUGCUACUAUUCCACCACGGGUGACAUGUACUGUUGCUGAAGCAAAAGGCAAUAUGAAGGGGCUGACUGUCACACCUCAGUAUAGAAGAGUUUUGCUGGAAAAUGGUCUUACAGUGCAAGCGCCUCCAUUCAUUGAAGUUGGUGAUCAGAUAAUUGUCAAUACAGUCGAUGACUCAUAUGUCACUAGGGCGAAGGAGUGAAGUUUUGAAGGUGAUGGUCUUGGAGCUGUUGCUGCUUCUAUUGCUACCCCCAAAUAAAAGGGCCACUACUAAAAAUAAUUUAAACAAUUUUGGAAAGUGAUAUAAACAUGUUCUUAUGUCAAAUUAAUUAAUAAUUUUUUUACCAAGGUGGCAUUUUAAUCCAUAUGGCCAAGUCUCAUGGACAUGGUUUUUAAAAUCGCCCAAUUCGCGAUUCGAAUCGAUAAAUUCGAACUUGAUUCACUUCGGAACAUUAAAUCGUAUUCCAUUUUAAAUAUACAAUUUUGAUUGUUUUA